CCAUGUGGGAGUCCAGCGCCCUUAACCAUCCACCACCUGCCAGCCCCAGUAUGGCAGUUUUCUGUAACUGGAUAUUCCAUUGUGAAUUUAGCCAGCUCCUCAGCUGAAUGGGAACAAGUCGAAAUAUAAUAUCUGUACUCAGUUGAAUGCUUACAGAGAAUUCUGCCAUCAUUUCCUUGUGAUUUUAAACAAAUGCGCUUCUGUGCUUCAUUUGUAAAAGUUAUUCUAAUACCUCCAAAUUGACAGGGUUGUAGUGAGAACUAUAAUAAAUAAGUUGACAUUCACAGCAGGCUCUCAGGAAGUUUCCUAAUACCGUUAUUUUCUUUGGUUAGUCCUGACUUUAGUCGUAGCUCCUAGAUUGAUUCUAUUGUAGCUGACGUGCACUGAUUGUCAUCUUUCAGAUCACUCUGAGCCAGUAGGAGUGUCUUCCUCUGACAUCCCUUAUUCUGCUUUUAAGGCGUGAGAAUCUUCUGUCGGUUGUGACUUUCCUUUCAACGGCUGAGCACUCUCCAACGACUGAGUCUGCAUGGACAAAUCUAAUGAUGGUGUCAUCUGAGCACUCUAACAGUUAAAGGAAGAGUUGAACAAUGACCAUAGUUGACAAAGCUUCUGAAUCUUCAGACCCAUCAACCUAUCAGAAUCAGCCUGGCAGUUCUGAGGCAGUCUCACCUGGAGACAUGGAUGCAGGUGCUGCCAGCUGGGGUGCAGUGUCUUCAUUAAAUGAUGUUUCAAAUCACACACUUUCUUUAGGACCAGUACCUGGUGCUGUAGUUUACUCGAGUUCAUCUGUACCUGAUAAAUCAAAGCCAUCACCACAAAAGGAUCAAGCCCUAGGUGAUGGCAUUGCUCCUCCACAGAAGGUUCUUUUCCCAUCUGAGAAGAUUUGUCUUAAGUGGCAACAAACUCAUAGAGUUGGAGCUGGGCUCCAGAAUUUGGGCAAUACCUGUUUUGCUAAUGCAGCAUUGCAGUGUUUAACUUACACGCCUCCUCUCGCCAAUUAUAUGCUCUCACAUGAACACUCCAAGACAUGUCAUGCAGAAGGAUUUUGUAUGAUGUGUACAAUGCAAGCGCAUAUUACUCAGGCGCUCAGUAAUCCUGGGGAUGUUAUUAAACCAAUGUUUGUCAUCAAUGAGAUGCGGCGUAUAGCUAGGCACUUCCGUUUUGGAAACCAAGAAGAUGCCCAUGAAUUCCUUCAGUACACAGUUGAUGCUAUGCAAAAAGCAUGCUUGAAUGGCAGCAAUAAAUUAGACAGACACACCCAGGCCACCACACUUGUUUGUCAGAUAUUUGGAGGAUACCUAAGAUCUAGAGUCAAAUGUUUAAAUUGCAAAGGCGUUUCAGAUACUUUUGACCCAUAUCUUGAUAUAACAUUGGAGAUAAAGGCUGCUCAGAGCGUCAACAAAGCAUUGGAGCAAUUUGUGAAGCCGGAACAGCUUGAUGGAGAAAACUCAUACAAGUGUAGCAAGUGUAAAAAGAUGGUUCCAGCUUCAAAGAGGUUCACUAUACAUAGAUCUUCUAAUGUUCUUACACUUUCUCUGAAACGUUUUGCAAAUUUUACUGGUGGAAAAAUUGCAAAGGAUGUGAAAUAUCCUGAAUAUCUUGAUAUUCGUCCAUACAUGUCUCAGCCAAACGGAGAGCCCAUUAUUUAUGUUUUGUAUGCAGUGCUGGUACACACUGGUUUCAAUUGCCAUGCCGGCCAUUACUUCUGCUACAUAAAAGCUAGCAAUGGCCUCUGGUAUCAAAUGAAUGACUCCAUUGUAUCUACCAGUGACAUUAGAUCGGUACUCAGUCAACAAGCAUAUGUUCUCUUUUAUAUCAGGUCCCAUGAUGUGAAAAAUGGAGGUGAGCUUACUCAUCCUACCCACAGCCCUGGCCAGUCCUCUCCCCGGCCUGUAAUCAGUCAGCGAGUUGUCACCAACAAACAGGCUGCGUCAGGCUUUAUUGGACCACAGCUUCCCUCUCACUUAAUAAAGAAUCCACCUCAUUUAAACGGGACUGGACCAUUGAAAGACACCCCAAGCAGUUCUGUGUCAAGUCCUAAUGGAAAUUCCAAUGUUAACAGAGCUAGUCCUGUUAAUGCUUCAACUUCUGUUCAGAACUGGUCAGUUAACAGGUCCUCAGUUAUUCCAGAACAUCCCAAGAAACAAAAAAUCACGAUCAGUAUUCACAACAAAUUGCCUGUCCGCCAAGGUCAGUCUCAGUCUAACCUUCACAGCAGUUCUUUGGAGAACACUAACAAGCCUGUUCCCUCUUCUACCAUUACCAAUUCUUCUGCAAUACAAUCUACCUCGAAUGCAUCUACGAUGUCAGUUUCUAGUAAAGUAACAAAACCCAUUACUACGAGUGAAUCCUGUUCCACACCAGUAAUGAACGGCAAGUCCAAGCUGAACUCCAGUGUGUUGGUCCCCUAUGGCGCCGAGUCCUCUGAAGAGUCUGAUGAGGAAUCAAAGGGACUGGGCAAGGAGAACGGUAUCGGUACAACUGAGAGUGCUCACUCUUCUGGGCAAGAGGCCGAAGAUGAUGAAGCCUCUCAGCAUGAGCUCCAAGAACCUGUUACUCUAAAUGGUGCUACUAGUACAGACAGUGACCCAAAGGAAAACGGUCUCUUGUUUGAUGAUGCCAGCUGCCAUGUCCAGCCUGCUCUGCACUCAGAAAAUCCUUUUUCUAGGGCAAAUGGACUCCCCGGGAAGUUGAUGCCUGCUCCAUUACCAUCUCUCCCAGAAGACAAAAUUUUAGAGACCUUCAAACUUAGCAACAAAGUGAAAGUUUCUACAGAUGAAACAAGUACAACCAGAGCAGAAGAGAAUCCUCCAGCGGACCAUGACACAGACCCUGAGGCUGGCAGCACUGUUGUGGAUUCCCACGAGAAAACAGAGACAACCACAAGUCUUAGCAGCAAAUUAAAGAAGGCUUUGCCGCCCUCUGAGCCUGGCAUAAACUCUACCAAAGAAGAAGUCUCUGAAAACGUUUCUGCCAACACUGAUGAGUCUUUGCCUAAUAUCAAUAAUCUUUGUCACACUGAUAAAAAUACCAUAGGGGAUGAUGAGCUUUCUAAACUUUGCGACCCUGGGAGUUUAACCAGCGAGCCGAGCAAACCAUCCCAAGAUGUUAAAGGGACGUUAGUUGAGAAUCCACAGGACUUGACUUCAGUGGAAACAACAGAUGAGUUGAGCCCAACUCCCUCCAUUCAUCCUGAAGAUGGAUGUGAGCAUAAACUCUUAGUUUACCUUAGUCGAGAGAGGUGCAAAGAUGCAGAGGACCUUUCUGGAAGCAUAGGCGUGUCUGCAGAUGAGCCACCCUCUCUGCAGUUGGACAGGACCACAGGAACUCACUUGGAAGAAGGCACUGAACAAAGUAACGGUGAGAGAUAUGACGAAAGCAGGGCUGGGCAAAAAGCUCAGGAUCAUUCUCCAGUUAAGGAAAAAAUCAGUAGCCUUAGAAAAGUUGAUCGAGGACAUUAUCGUAAUCGAAGAGACCGUUCCUCAAGUGGAGAACAUGCACGGGAAAGUAGGAGCAAAACUGAGGACCGUUAUCACAAAAAGCGACGCUCCUAUGUCAGAGAGCGGGCUAAGCAGGAUGGUCAUCUGGCUGAGCACUGCAGUGGAAGUCAGCUCCACCCUUGUCACCGUGAGAGAGCCAGUCCUGGGGAGCGCCACUCUUUGGGUAGGUACAGCCAUCACCACUCCCGAAAUCGGAGUGGAUCAGAGCAGGACUGGAGCAGAUAUCACCAUUCGGAAAGUGAACAUGCUUGGGGCCGGGAGAAAUACUACCUGGAGAAGAUGAGAUGGGACAAAUGCAGGUAUUAUCACGACAGGUAUGCUCCUUAUGCAGCUAGGGAGGUCCGGGAGUGGAAGCCCUUCCAUGGUGGCCGUGAACACGACCGAGUAGGGCAGUAUAACAACCGGUCCUACAAGGACUACUACAUAGGUAGGAAGGGCUACGAGCUGGCCUCUAAGGAGAAGGAGCGGCACCACUUCAGCAGUCUCCGAGUGGGCCCUGCCCACACCUUCCCUCUGUACCCCGAGAAGUACCCCCAGGAGCAGAUGAUACUUGCAGCUGAAGACCACAGCUGUAACCUCCCUGAUCGGUUUCAUGACCAUGAAAAUGCAAAGUCACGGAAACGAAGAUACAACAGCUUUGAAAAUAAUGACGGUUACUUGGAAAAGAAAGCCCAGAGAAGCUUACAAAAGGAUCUUUUAGAAGAACCUAGAAUGAAGAAACACAAAAAAUCAAAGAAGAAAAAGAAAUCCAAAGACAAACACCGUGAUCGAGAGUCCAG